AUGCCCGAAGUCAACCCCAAGGCCUUCCCUCUCGCCGAUGCCGCGCUGACCAACCAGAUCCAGGAUCUGGUGCAGCAGGCCUCGCACUACAAGCAGCUGAAGAAGGGCGCCAACGAGGCCACCAAGACCCUGAACCGCGGUAUCUCCGAGUUCAUUGUCAUGGCUGCCGACUGCGAGCCGAUCGAGAUCCUGCUGCACCUGCCCCUGCUGUGCGAGGACAAGAACGUCCCCUACGUUUUCGUUCCCUCGAAGGCUGCUCUGGGCCGUGCCUGCGGUGUCUCGCGCCCCGUCGUUGCCGCCUCGGUCACCACCAACGAGGCUUCGGACCUCCGCCCCCAGAUCCAGGCCAUCCGCCUCCAGAUCGAGAAGCUCCUGAUCUAA